AUGGUGGAGACGCUGAGUAUCGCAGUCAUCGGUGCUCCCGGAGUGGGGAAAACUUCUAUAAUCCGCCAGUUCAUCUAUAACGAUUUCUCGGAGGUGUACACACCGACCAGGACCAGAUAUGUGUACAGACCCUCCGUCAUCCUCAACGGGAUCAUGUAUGAGCUGAAGAUUUUGGAUGUCCCGCCAAUCUCCUCCUUUCCAUCCAGCUCCAGCCAGGAGUGGCUGGAUUUGCGCUGCAGAGGUGUUCGCAAUGCCAACGCCUACAUCCUGGUGUAUGACAUCUGCUGCGUGGAGAGCUUUGAAUACGUCAAGAUGAUCAGACAGCAAAUAGUGGAACACAGGUAUGGCAGCAGCAGUGAGGUGCCAAUCCUUGUGGUGGGCAACAAGAGAGAUCUGCAGCGGCAGCGAUUCAUGCCUCGCAGGGCGGUGUCAGUCCUGGUGAAGAAGACCUGGAAGUGUGGUUAUGUGGAGUGCUCUGCCAAGUUUAACUGGCACGUAAUCCUGCUCUUCAAAGAGCUGCUGGGCAUCGCCGUGGCACGGGGCAUGCGCCAGAACCACACCUCCAUCCGUCUGCAGGGGGCGCUACAGAGGAAUCGCUGCACCAUCAUGUGA